AAUGGCUGCUGCGGUGACAAAGCAGAAACUUUCCGCUGCUAAAUUUGCUGUUCUUGGAGGAGGAGUUUCAGGACUUACCGCUGCCUAUCGACUUUUAAACAGAGUUAAAGAUCCUAGUAACAUAAUCGUCCUUGAAUCAAGCAAUCGUGUGGGUGGAUGGGUGCAAAGUUGUGUUACGGAACAAGGUGCUGUCUUUGAGUUAGGUCCCCGUAGUAUCCGUCCUGUUGGCAAGGCUGGAAUGGCAACGCUGAAAAUGGUAUGUAUGACUCAAGUAAUGAACAUUUGGACAGGAUUUUAAUAAACUCUCAUUUUCCCCUCCCAUAGUAGUCACUAUGGGAGUCAGUCAGCUUGAACAACUCGUCUAACGCCCCCCACCCCCCUCCCCCUUACACCUCUCUUCCCCCCCCCAUACAAACCCAGUUAAAGGAUGCAUUUCUUAUACGUAGGAUUUUCAAUCAAAGUUUACAUUUAAAGCAUUAGGUUUUGACUUGCAGUUUCAUAAGUCUGCUUGUUUAUCUGUCCUUGUUUUAAUAUAUUUAAUGAAGGUACCCAAGAGAAAGUGUUAUAGUGAUCGAUAGUUCCAUGGCAACCUGAGUCUUGGUGUUUUUUUGAAACAAAGAAUUCGUUUGUCUUGGUGGUUGGGAGAUUUGAAUUAAAAAAAAUGAAAAAUAAUAAUAAAAAAAAACGAGUCAGGGUGGUUGGCAGAUUUGCAUAACAAAAACAUUGUUAACAACAUAAUGAUCACUAUUGUCAACUACAGAGUACAAUUAGGAAGUUCAUCACUUCACUUAAACAGAACCGGAAUUUUCCAGCUUGAGUUGCUUUUUCCUACGCAAACUUGCUGGUUUCUGGCUGUAAAGGAUCUUAUCAACUCCAUUCUGUUUUACUAUUCUGCAGUGAUUUUCUUUCAUAUAAAUCUUCUCCCCGCAGUCCCUACAUAUGAUUUUCAUGUAUUCAAUAUUUCAUUGUCAUCCUUUUAUGGGUUUAUAAUAUUAUUAACCAAUUCAAUGACCUGUUCCCAGUUGGCUUGUUAGCUCAAUUGGUAGAGUCCUGCGCUGGUAUUGCAGAGGUCAAGGGUUCAAAUCCUGUACAAGCCUUAAUUUUUUCAGUCUUCCUUUUCAUAACUGCAAAAGUUGCACCUAUAAAUGCAAUGAUCUCUUUUCAUAUAAUUCUCUUAUGAUUGAGCAUCUUGAAAUACUGUGAGUGUCUUUUCUUUCAUCUGCAGGUUCAAGAUAUUGGAUUGGAAAAAAGAAUUCUUGCAGUUCCCAGAAGUCAUCCAGCAGCAAAAAGUAGAUUUAUUUACUCAAGAGGUAAACUUCAUGAGCUUCCUACCGGCAUCAUGUCCUUAAUAAAGAGACAGCCGCUCUUCUCAAAGUCAUUGUUACCUUUGAUACUCAGAGAACCUUUUGUGGGAAGAAAACAAGAUGAUGUUGAUGAGUCUGUAUAUGACUUUUUCAAAAGAAGAAUGAGUGUAGAGGUACAUGAAGAGAUGAGUAAAGGUUUCGGAUCAUUUAACCUUUCUGGGAAACUGCCCACCUACCCCUCCCCUAAGCCAACAUUAAUACUUACUUCUCACUUAAGGCAAAAUGUUGGCUUAGGAGAGGGGUAGGUGGGCAGUUUCCCAGAAAAGUAAAAUGAUCCGAGGUUUCCUUAUGUUGUGAUGAAAAUUAUUGGUUUUAUUCUAUGCAUUAAUUUCUCCCAUGCAGCCUAAAAGCAUUCUGUAGACUCGUUCCUCACAGAAGCUACUGCUGGAUGUUACAAAAAAAUAGCAAAAUAAUAAUAGUUGUGUUUGAGAUGAUGGGAGGGGAGAAAGGGCAAGAGUCUCUCUUCUUCUCUUUCCACAUCAUUACAUUUGCACUUUCAUUUUUCCCUCUCUCUAUUCUCUGAGGCCUCUGCAGAGAAGAGAGUUCUGUCUAUGGAAUCAUUUCCUUCAAAGUUAGGCUUAGCUGGGUAAAAUAAUAAUAACCUUGAACCCAUACUGCACAUACGAUUUUCUAUUGUCUUACAUGUAAGACAUAGAUUGAACCCCUGUCUUUGCUCAGGGUGUUCAUUAGGCAUUGGAGGUUGGAGAAUUCUCUGGCAAACAUUCGGUAGCCUAUGACUCUUUAUAUUUAGACAAGGAGCCACUUUCAAAAUAUUCUCUUCUAACAUUACACCUUUCUCCUGCUACUAGAAUUCUUUGUGAAAACCCUGUUUGCUACAGUUUAGUUACAAAAGAACUAAUGGAUAUGUCCUACAAGCUGAAAGUAUCACCAGAAUCGUAAGACAAAAGUCUUGUAUUCUCACCAAGUAGCUCCUGUCCCUUUUCCGAAAAUCAUUUUCAUUGAAGCAUCUAAUUUUUUUCAAAGUCAUUAUUUCUGUCCAAGAUUAAAAUCUUUGUCUACCAUUAUUGGCAGUAUUAUCCCAAAAAGUCUAAUAAGGAAGAAAUUGAUACCUUAUUUUAUAUCGUGAGAAAGUUAAAGAUGCCUGCAGACAGACAAAAAAUAUUCAAGUGUCUAAUUAACUAUAUUGAAUUACACUGUAUACUGUCGACUCAAUUUCUUUCCUUUUUUCGUUGUUGUUUUCAAGGUAGCAGAGUAUCUGAGUGAUCCACUUUGCAGAGGAAUUUUUGCUGGUGACACUCGCUUGUUGAGCCUGAAGUCUUGUUUUCCUUCAGUUUAUCAAUAUGAAAACCAACACGGUUCCAUAUUAAAAGGAGCUUUUCUCACAAAAGAAGGUGGGCAUUAAGCAUAGUCGUUACUUUGACCCCAUUAGAAAAUCUGUUCAAAGUAUGAGGCUGAAUGUUUUUGUGGAUGAGAUCACUGGAUGUGACUCCUGUAGAGUUAUGAUGAAGAUAUCAAACAAUUUUAUCAGGGACCACUAACUACAAUAUUUUUUGGGUGAUUUUUGCAGGCACAGAAUUAAUUAAAACUACUUUUCAAGUUUCAAUCCAUGUCAUCCUUGCCAUCCGUUGGCAACAGAAGACAGCAAACAGUUUCAAUGCGUAAAAUAAUUUUGUGGUCUUAAAUAACAAAACUGAACAAAUGUUUGGAAUUUGAUUGAUGCAAAAAGCUUUAGCUUGGUAAAAAGAUAGGAAAUAGUGUGACAUAGGUCCUUUUAGAAUAGGACUGUUUAUGACAGUGACUGACAUUUCAACAACUACAGCUGUACUUUGAAUCUGAUAAUGACGUCCACACUUUGUGCCUUAACAUCUGUCACAGUCACCAUUAUGGCAAUAGUCAUAGCUGGAGCUCAUUCACCCAGAUGACCAAAUUCCACCAACUUUUAACUUAUUUCUCUUGCACUCAUAGCCCCAGACACCUCUGUCCUAAGCCCCCUAGCAACAUUAGCCGAGAAAGAACGUUGGAGCACAUGGUCUAUAGAAGGUGGCAUGCAGACAGUGACUGAUAAAUUACAUGACAUACUUAAGCAACAGGGAGUUAGCGUCAAAAUGAACGCACCUUGUACAUCUUUGAGCAUGACGUCUGAUGGAAAGCUAACGGUGCAUUCAGUGAAUGAUCAGAUUACAGUAGAUCACGUAAUAAGUUGUAUACCAGCGCAGUGCCUGGCAAACAUUGUACCAUUGGACUGGAAACCUCUAGCUGAUGAGCUGAGUAAUAUUCAUACCACAACAGUGGGAGUUGUGAAUUUAGAAUAUGAAGGAAGUGUAGUACCUGUGGAGGGUUUUGGGUAUUUGGUUCCUUCUUCUGACGAAACCCAAGUUCUUGGAGUUAUCUUCGACUCUUGUGCUUUCCCUGAAAACGACAGACAUCAUGGUGGCAAAACUACAAGAAUAACUGUGAGUGUCAAAUCUUUCUUUUUAUUUUACCUUAAAUUACUAUCUUGUGCUUUUUGCUGCUCUUUCAGCUGCCUCUAUGAAAUUAAACUGUUGUUUUAUUUCAGUAGUCUUUAAUCAGCUUGAGGUCAAACAGCAUUAUUGCACAACAGUCACGUAAAAGGCUAUGUCGAUCAGGGUUUGAAACAAAUUUGAAUUCCAGCUUGUCCUUCGGGCAAACAGCUGUCGCAUUUUACUUUUCCCGGCCAGCUACUUCUUGCUUGUCUUACUGUUACUGAUUUUUUUAGAGGACGACUUGCACACUUGUGUCGGACUACUACUUAUUUUCGAACCCUGUAAAUCCCUCUUUUUUAGUUUCUAUUUUGUUUGUAAAAUUUGUCUGUUGUUUUUUGUUAGGUGAUGAUGGGAGGACACUGGUUCAAUUCCUUAUUUGGAGAUCCCGACUCAGUCGAUCCGAACCACCUACAGAAUGUUGCCAUAGAAACAGCGGAGAAAACACUUGGCAUACGCACCAAGCCAACAAGCUGUCUGACCAGCAUUCUGCGUGACUGCAUCACGCAAUACACACUCGGACAUUCAGAUCGUAUUAAAAACAUUUUUGAUUUUAUUGAAUCGCGCAAGCUACCCCUUACGCUGAUUGGCGCGUCGUAUAACGGCGUUAGCGUGAAUGAUUGUAUUUAUAAUGCACAACAAGCGGUGGACCGAAUUUUAGAGUCGCGGGAUGAAAUCCCGCGAUGAGUCCAGG